CGAAAAGUCUCGGCAUGAAACUCGCUACCAAAAGUGAAAGUCUGAAUUUUAUCUAAAGUUUUUCUCUCUCCUGCAGUUUUUCUACUCGAUAAACGAUUCUACACUGUAAAAUGGAGGACAGCAGCGCUGUGUUCAAAGUUCUGCUAUUUCUCACGUUUUCUCUUCAUCUUUCAUCAGCAGACACACACUCUCUGCAGUACCUCCACACACUCAUCACACCAGGAAUAAAUUUUACUGCUGUUGGUCUGCUGGAUGGAGAGCAGUGUGUGUCUUAUGACUGUAAGACCAAAGAGAUGAUCCCAAAGAUACAGUGGAUACAGAAGAUCAGUGUGGAUGAACCACAUUACUGGAACAUACAGACACUGCUUGUGAAGAAUCAUCAGGAGCACCUCCACAACAUUGUGGAUACAGUAAUGAGGAACUUAAAUCAAAAUGAAGGAGUCCACACACUCCAGAGGAUGUACAGCUGUGAGCUCCAUGAUGACAGCACUACUAGAGGAUAUGAUCAGUACGCUUAUGAUGGAGAAGAUUUCAUCAGUCUGGAUCUGAACACUGGAACCUGGACUGCAGAUAAUGAUAAAGCUGUGAUCUUUAUAAAGCAGUGGGAUCCUACAGGAGAUGAAGCUCAAUACUGGAAGGACUAUUUGAAGAACAGCUGUAUUGAUCAGUUAAAGAAGUUUGUGUCUUAUGGCAGAGAGACUCUAAAGAAGAAAGUUCCUCCUACAGCAUCAGUGUUCCAGAAACACUCGCCUUCUCCAGAGGUGGUGUGUCACGCUACAGGUUUCUUCCCCAAAGCAGUGAAUAUCACCUGGAGGAAGGACGGAGAGGACGUGAACGAGGACGUGGAGCUCAGAGAGACGUUACCCAACCAGGAUGGAAGCUUCCAGAAGAGAAGCAUUCUGAAAGUCCCAGCUGAGGAUCUGCAGAAACACACCUACACCUGCGUGAUUCAGCACAGCAGCUUGAAGGAGGAGUUAGUGCUGAAUGUGAACGAGCAGCAAAUCACAAAAGGUGAAGGAUCAGAUGGAUGGAAGACUGGUGUCAUUGUUGCUGUAGUCAUAGUUGCUGUUCUUGUUCCUGGAGUAGUCUUCUGGAAGAAGAAAAAGGGGUCUGGUGAGCAAAGUCCCCAAGUUCAUACUGGAGCUCAGUUACAGCCCUUAAAUGUGUUAAAUCUUACAUACAGCACAGUGAACCAGGGAAGACUUCAGUUUGGACCAAGGCCAAAAUGACAAACAGAAACACUAACUAGGAACAAGUUCUGGAAAUCUGGAAAGAGGUACCAAAGCAUUCGGACCCGUACAACCAGACUGUUAAACAGCUUCUUCCCUCAGACAAUCAGGUAUCUCAACAGAGAACUGAGCUGAGCUGGACACACAAACACGCACACACACCCACCAUACAACCAAGAUCUGACCUCAACAGAAGAUGAACUGUGCUGGACAAGGACACACACACACACACACACAUACAUGUUUACAUUCACUUUACAUUUUAUAUUGAUCUUGUUUACAUGUGUCACUUUACAUUUUAUAUUGAUCUUGUUUACAUUUCACUUUACAUUUUAUAUUGAUCUUGUUUACAUGUGUCACUUUAAUAUUUCCACUCACUGUCUACACUGUCUACAUGUUAACUUUAAUACUUGCACUCACUUGACAGGAUGACUUGUCUUGUCUUGUCAUCCUGUGCACUUCUGUUGUAUGUCUAGUUUUUAUUGCACCUUAAGUAUAGUUUAGUUUUUAUCUCUAUGUUUAGCUCUGUUUGUCUGUGUCACUGUACUUUAUCUGUGUUAUGUGUAGCACCUCUGGUCUAGGAGGAACGUUGUUUCACUUCACUAUGUACUGCGUCAGAUAUAUGUGGUUGAAAUGACAAUAAAAGCUUCUUGAAUC